UGACAAUUAACUUGACAAAUUGACAGCUUCUGUAAAUUAAAAUUAAAAAUUGAGGAAUUACUACAAUAAAUUGUUUUUAUUUUAAGUAAAAUGGCAGGAUCAGCCUUAAGACGUUUAAUGGCAGAAUACAGACAACUGGCACUAAACCCCCCAGAAGGGAUAGUUGCUGGACCUAUUAGUGAAGAUAAUUUUUUCGAAUGGGAAGCUUUAAUUCAAGGCCCAGAAGGUACGUGUUUUGAAGGCGGUGUUUUUCCAGCAAAAUUGGUUUUUCCACCAGAUUAUCCUUUAAGUCCCCCAAAAAUGAGAUUUACUUGUGAAAUGUUUCAUCCAAAUGUUUUUACGGAUGGUCGAGUUUGUAUUUCAAUUCUUCAUGCACCUGGAGAUGAUCCAAUGGGGUACGAAUUGUCAGCUGAAAGAUGGAGUCCAGUCCAAAGUGUCGAAAAAAUAUUGUUAAGCGUGGUCUCCAUGCUAGCCGAGCCAAAUGACGAAUCCGGAGCAAAUGUUGAUGCCGCUAUUAUGUGGAGGGAGCAGAGAGAUGAAUUUAAUAAAAUUGCGAAAGGAAUUGUGAGAAAGACAUUGGGACUAAACUCUUAGCAAAAAUUCAAAUAAAGUCAAAUUUUUAAAUUUAAUAUUUUUGUGGAUUGGAUGUUGAUUUAAGAUUAUUGACGUUUUGUUACUUUUCAAAAUAAAUAUCUAUUAUAAAUUUAGUA